AAAAUCAGUUUGAAUUUUUCCUUAGCCAACAAAAAUAGGCUCGGUAAAAAAAUUUAUAAAAAUUAACAUUUCAGUUAAUUUCAAAAGCUUUUAGUCCACACGAAAAUAAAGCUCAGUUUGGUUUGUUUAAUCCGGUCAGAGAAGAAACUAUGAUUGAUAUACUCUCACUAUCGCGGCGACCGAAAUUGGAUAUGGUAGAAGUGCCGAAUCUAACAUUCAAAUCGGGUCUGCCAAUUAACAGUUUACCAGGCUGGGAGCUAAUACCGUUAAAUUCGAAAUUACCUAUGCUCAAGUGUCCCGGGAAUCAGGUUAUAUUUUCGAAAAAUAAAAUUGGACAAUCGUUUAAACAUUUGAAACAAGAAUUUGAUCCAUCCGUACGGGAGAGCCUACCAGAGUACAAUCCUUUACACGAUUCAAAUCUGAAAACUUUUUAUGCUAACGAACGCAAUCUGAAACGUUUACGCGAAAAUGGUGAAAUAACCCAAAAUAAUGAUGUGAUAUGCAAUUUAAAGGAUUUCAACGAAUAUCGUCAGCAAUUGCAUAAAACAAGACUUUAUUACGUGUUGCAGGAACUGAAUCGACAAGAAAAUGAGCAACACGAUCGUAUGCUAAUCACCAAUGCCGAGGCAAUCACUGCACGAGAUCAUCACAAUUUGGCUGCACGCCAAAAUAGUUUCACCGAAAUACAGGGACGCAAGCGUAAGCUAGAGAAUAUGAGAGCAUCUCGCUUUCAGAAAAUGUGGCAACGUACACAGGACAAGAUCGCACGAAAAGCCGCCGCCGACGAAAUGGGCAAAGCCUAUCAUGAGUAUCGAAAGCUAUUGAAUCAGAUGAAAAUGCAACGACACUUGGAAGCGGCUGCUGAUUUGCAACGCAAGCAAUUGAUCAAAUUGAAGAAAGUCUUCCAAUUCAAACAGGAUCGUUUGCAAAAGAACCUACGCUUACUCCAAGAUGAGCGUCAAAGGCAAAGUGAGGUUAUACAAACUCACUUUUGGGAGAAGCGUCUCAAGGAGCGCAUAGCAUAUCAGGAUAAAAUGAAGGGCCUGCUAGAGAGGGUGGCCGAGCAAAGAAAGCAAUUUAUUGAGAAUCACCGUCAAAAGUAUGAUGAAAAAUGGCUACGCAUCCAGGAGGAAAUUAAAGCUCGUGCGCGAAAAAAAAAACUCCACAGCAAAUUGCAUCUACAUCGUAGAAGGAAGCCUAAACCAAUUACACCGCCCAAGACACCAUUAGACAAUAGUAUGGCAUACUGUGAUAGACCCAAUGAAAGUGUUGACAAGCUUUUAGAUUAUCAGCUGUGCGAGGCAUUAAAUGCCGCCAUAGAUUUGGAAAAUCAACCAGCCAUGCCAUUCGACUCAGACGAUCCAAUAUACAAGGCGGCUAAAUUCAUAAUAACACAUAUCAUUAAGAAGUUCGACAAAGAUCUAAGUAAGGAUCCUAAAAUAUGUAAGAAUGUGCGGGAACGUGUAGACCAGUUCUUUGACGAGGCGAAACGUUUUGUACUAUUUAGAUCAUCGCAAAUUAUUGCCUCAAUACGUGAGCAAGUACAAGAUUACAAUACUAUGACGGACAGUCGGCGUCCUACAUUAGUAUCGUUUAGUCGCUUGCCAUUAACUAUAGGCGAAUCUAGUUAUGCAAUUCAUCCAAUGGUGGACAUCAAACCGGUGGAUGUACGAACGCCAACACCAGUGGGUUCACUUGCCUCCAUCAAAGUCAACUCGGAUGAGAGUUUAUUUAGCAAUAUGCCAAAUUUGUGUCGCAACGAGCUGAUUUUCAUCGAGCACUACAUUAUCAAAUUUAAGCGUGAUUUAAUUGUUGGUGUUGGUAAACGUGUAUUCUCUGCCAUCGACUAUCAUUUCUCUAAGAAAAUUAUGGAUGUACGUCCAGAACUACUAAGUUUGAAUCGGAAUUUCCUGACCUGUGAAAUGUCUAAAGCUAUACUUAGUUAUGCAACAAAUAGAUUAAAUUAUGAGGCUAGCAUUAAGUUGUGUAUCAGCGCAUUGGCCAGUGAUGUAAUCUGGUCACUACAAAAGCAUUUGUUAAAGCCAGAACGCGAUCCACGUGGAAUUGUUCAACCGAAGCGUUGCAAUGAAACUCCCUCACCCCACAUGCGUCUCUGUUUAUACUGUCACAAGUAAAACGCUGAGAGAGGGGUCCAUAAGCUUCUAUGCCUAUUUGAUUGGAUAUGCCGUCAAUUAUUUUAUAGACUUUUACACUUGCAUGUAACACUAUAUUGCGAAAUAUAUAAAAAAAAAUACGUUUUCCAACGGUUA